AUGACACCAGACCCCGACGCACCCGCGGAGGAAUCGUCGCCCGAGCAUGAGCGUGGCGCCGCCGCUGGUCUCACCGCUAGCAGGCAAAAGCGCUCGCGCGCCGGCGUCAAUUCGCGGCUGGCCGACUUUGCCAUCGACAUCGGCCACGAGCCGCAGUCGUGGGUUGACGAGUGGACGCCCAAGCGCGGCCGAUGGGGCGGCCGCUGGGGGCGCGGCGGAGGCCGCGGCGGGCGCGGCGGAGGGUGGCGGCCAGAGGCUCACGCAGAGAACAAAGAGCGUGACAGGUGGGAGGCGUGCGGCGCGUGCGGCUUCUGGACCAACCUCGGACGCGAUGACACGGCGCCCUGCCCGCUGUGCGGCUCCGAGGUUGUCGUGACGGAGCACCACGACUUUGAGAGCUGGGCCCAGUGCGACGACUGCGGGAAAUGGCGUAACGUCCCAGACGAGACGGCCAGGCGGCUGGAGCGGGCGGGGGACGGGGCCAGGUGGAACUGCAGCAUGCUGAGAAAAGGCGCCACCUGCCGGACUUCCACCGCGGACUGGGCGGUCAUUGCCCGAGACUCAGCCCUGAAGGAGCGCCUGCUGCAGCACAGCGGCGGCCGCGGCGGCGCCGCCGCGGGCGCCCGCGGCGCCGGCCCAUCUCCGCACUACGGGCCAGGGGGCCGCGGCGUGCACUUCAUCGGCGGCCGCGGGCUCGCGCAGGCCGCGCGGCGCGCGGCCGAGGCGGCGGCGGCUGCUGGGGCGGACAGCGACGGCGGGGGCGACGGCGGCGGCGGCGACGAAAUCAGCCCCCCGCUGCCCUUUGGCGAGCUGCGAGGUGGCACACCAGGCGUGGACGGUGGUGGCGACGAUGCUCCAGGGGGCGCGCCCACGCCCUUGCAAGCAGCGGAUGUCGAGUGCGGCAGCCAGGGGGCGGAUGGCGAGGACGGCGAGGAUGCUUGCAGCGGGUAUGGGUCAGCUACCAGGGAACAGCAGGAGGAGCAGGUGCACACAGAGCAGGAUCGGCGGCAGCAGCAGCAGCAGCAGCUUCAGCAGCAGCAGCUUCAGCAGCAGCUUCAACAGCAGCAGCAGCAACAGCAGCAGCAGCAGCAGCAGCAACAACAGCAGCAGCAGCAGCAACAACAGCAACAGGAGCAGCAGCCGCACCUGCAGCAGCAAGGGAGGGACCAGGAGAUGGAGAAGCAGCGUAAGCAGGGGGAGCAGCAGGAGCAGCGGCAAGAGCAGCAGCAGGAGCAGCAGAAACAGCAUGAACAGCAGAAACAGGAACAGGAACAAGAGCAGGAGCAGGUCAUGCAGGUUGCAAAGCAGCAGCGACAGGAUCAGCCUCCGCAGCAGCAGCAGCAAUACGAGCCGGAGCACACGCAUGAGAAGCGGCAUCUGGAGCAGCAGCCGUCACCAGAGCAGGAGGAGCAAUCAGUUCAGGAGCAGCAGCACCCGGAGCCGCCGCGGCACGAGAACCAGCCGCAGCAGGAGCAAGCGGGGCGGCCUGACUGUGGGGAGAGCGGCAGCCAGGGGCGGCAGCACACGGCAGCAGCUGCGGCAGCACUGGAGGGGCCGGGCAGUGGCGGAGCCACCAGGGGUGCUGAGGAGCCGGCCGCAGCAACGACGACUGACGCUAUGCGGAAUCAGGAGGGCGACGCGAACGGCCGCACCUCUGACGCCGGCACUGCUACUGCCGACGCCGGCGUUGAGGCGCCGCGGCCGACCCGCCAGCAGGCCGCGCUGCAGCGCAAGCGGCGCCGUGACGAGACCCAAAAGGCAGCGCGCGCGGCAGCGGCUGAGCUCGAGCGCGCGCGGCGCAAGCUGCGGCUGUCGCACUCUGCCGCCGCGCGCGCGGCCAAGGCGGCGGCAGCGGCCGCUGGCAAGGACGGUGGCGGGCGCGCGGCGGCGGCCGCGCUGCGGGCGGCGCGCGCGGCGGUGCGAGACGCGGCGCGGCGGGUGCAGGAGGCAGAGGAAGGGGUUGUGCGGUGCGAUGCGGCUGUGGAAGCCGAAGAGGCAGCUGCCAGGAAGGCGGAGGCCGAGGAGGCCAUGCUGACGUCAUCGAGUGACGAAGGCGAGCCAUCGGACGACGACGACCAGGGCCGGGAUGCCGGCGACGGCGGCUGCGGCGGCGUGGACGGCGAGCGUGCGCGCCUUUCGUCGGCGCCGCCGCCGCCGGCGGUGACGGGCGCGUGCUACGAAGGCGGCGUCGCCGUGGCGCCGCCGUCGACGGCGGCGGUGAAGGAGAGCUGGUUCCUGUGCGACCUCCCACAGAUUGGGAAGUUCGAGGAGUAUGUGGUCGGCCGGGACACACUCAUUGCCGCCGAGGUCCUGGCUGCAGGCUUCGACGCCGCCGACGCUUCGAGCGGGGAGCAUGUGCUGAGCGUGCUGCCGCUGCCGCGGGCCGCGUUUGACAACCUGAGGCCCUUUGUUGACCGCUGCCUGGAACUUUUCAGGGUGGGGGAGCUGCCGCUGCUGACGGACGGCCGCGUGAGCGCGGGGCCCGUGGACAUCACCGCAUUCCUGGGUCAAACCCACGUGCAGCAGCAGGUCUACCAGGCCCUGCAGCGCCGCGAGGCGCGGCUGCGGCAGCAGGGGCUGCCGCUGCCCCGUAACCCCCACGACCACCUGGCGCAUGUGGUACACCUGUCCCCCGACGGCCGCAAGGUCUAUGUGGGUGAGGAGGGUGACGUCACCGCCCAGGGUGGCAGCAUCAUGGGCUUCGCCAAAAGCUGGAAGUCCGGCCCCAUCCACAGCUGGAGCGGCGGCAAGAAGCUGGCCGACAUGCCAGGCGCGCGGCCCAACCAGGUCGUGCAGUCGAAGCUGUCCCUCCUGAUGUCGGGGUGGGAGCACCUGCUGGGCGCCGCAGCAGACCUGGUUUGGGCCGCGUUUGCCGCGCACGACACCACCCGGGACGCCGCGCGGCGCAUGCUCAACUUCAUGUACGCGAGCGAGCUGCAGGCCUCAUCACGGCUGGGCAGCAGCGGAUGGAACGCGUACAGCCUGAACAUCAGCUACCGCACCGCGGUGCACCUGGACGGCAAGAACGUCCCGGGAAGCUACAGCGCAUUAGUCAUCCUGGAGGUUGGCCCGCAGCCGGCCUUUUGCGGCGGCGCGUACCUCCUGCCCCAGUACCGCCGCGCCCUGGACCUGAGGCAGGGCCUGGUGCUCUUCCACCGCAGCGGGGACGCGCCCUGCGGCCUGCACGGCAAUGGGAAGCUGUGA